ACAAAAUCAAACGCUGUUUCGCCACUCUUUCCACACAAGAGCCAUGUGUGGGUUCUCCCCGAGAGUUUCAAUUCACUACGGCUGAGCACUGAGAGCGCAUUUACAGCACAUCCAGCCAAAGAGAAGAGCAGUUAGAAUAGUGCCCGAAUGUCCGCCGCAACCGCCGCCACCAUCACAACAUUCGAUUAUAGCAACAAAUCUGUGCCAACACACAGAGUACAAGAGUGGAGCAGAUCCGACCAGACGAGAGCUGUGCAGAGCCAAACGAACUCUAACAACGAAAUAAGCGUAACAAACGUUUUUGUUUUCAACGUACGCUCGUAGAGGCAGUCAUUGUUUUUAGACAACGCCACCACCAUCACCGCCAACACCACCACUACUACACCGAACGCUUUUUCGACGCUGUUUCUGUUUCUUUGUUCAGAAAAGCCCGAAAGUAUAGAAAAAACAGUUUCCAAUAUUCACAGGCACAGCAAACGAAACAUUACAAUUCCGCGACGCGGUUACUCACUCGAACCCAAAAGUAUUUAGUGCGCAAUUAAAAGUGAAUGCAGAAGCCCGAAAUUGUUCCAGCCUGAAAAGCAGAUCCACAGCAAAACACUCCAUCAUCGAAAACAAAUAAAUUCGCCACUUGAACGAACGGAAUCGGAAAAACGCAACAAACAAAAGUGCAAUUACAUCACCCAGCUGCUAUAACGCACGGCCGUCCGUCCUGCCACCGAGUGACCAAGCGCUGCACAAGAAGCGGACGCGAGCGAGCGAGCGGGGAAAGGCACCAACACAUGUUACCUUUGCAUGUUCGUGCAAUAGAUUGGUGAAUCGCCAGUGUCGUACUAACGUCGUGGAUGCACAAAGGUGGCAAGUUUUGAUUAGCAAAUCUGCUCCAGCGGCCACAGCUGGAAGGUCGCCCCCAGAGGACUAUGUACAUUCUAAGCGGCGACAGCUGAUGUAUAGUUGUUGUUGUCGUUAGCUAUCUUUGUUAGCUGCCUAAACAAAGAGACCUCAAACUGGUUCAGUUCGCUGUGGCAAUCCAAAGGAAACUCCUCGUGCCGUGGGCUAAGGAACGACGCAAGCCGACCACCACUUCAGAGUUGCUCGUUCGUGGCAGUUCUCGUCAACGGAAGGAAAUCUAUAUUUGUAGGAAGACCACCACUCCGCGAUUGCCCUGACACAUGCCAUUGAGUGGCUGUGUGUGAGUGUUUGAGUGCCCCAAAACACAAACGACAAAGAAAAUAUAUGUAAACAAAGCACCAAAAACCAACAACAACGGCAACGACAACGACAGCAACAGCGAGUGAAGUAGAAAGCAAAACAAAAAGCAAUAGUUGGAGCACGAGCGAGAGAGAGGCUAUGAAUUGCAUCGAUUUUUCGCAACCUCUUUGAAAGAAUCAAAUGCCAACAGUCGAGCGAUUGACUUGAAUAACCGUUGCAGCUAUUCCAUCAAAAGGCAGCUAUUGUUGCAGCUUCAUUGCGACCUACCCCCCAUCCACCAACAACAACGACCCCCAAAGAUGCCUUCGCUACUGGAAGCAAUAGAACGAAAAUACUUCUCCGAUUGCGACGAUAGUCGAGGGGAAGCAGACAAAGACAAAGAUGCGGAUGCAGCAGCUGGAACAGGUGCUAACCGAUUAGUUUCCAUAUUCAUACCAAGGUUACCGCCCCUGCAGUGUGUGCCAGAGCUGUUGGUGCUGAACGACUGCGACAUUGACUGUGCGGGCGAUUUCGAGAGCAUCAAAGACAAAUGCCGUCGCGUGCGGGAACUCGACUUGGCGCAGAACAAACUGCAGGACUGGCACGAGGUCUUCCAGAUCGUGGAGCACAUGCCUCGCAUAGAAUUCCUGAAUCUGAGCAAGAACAACCUGAGCAAUCCCCUGACCAAGUUGUCCGCCCCACCCAUCACCAAUCUAAGAGGCAUUGUCCUGAACGGCACCUAUCUGAACUGGGAGAGUAUCGACGUUCUGCUCGAGAAUCUGCCCGUACUGGAGGAGUUGCAUUUAAGUUUGAACGACUACAAAGAGGUGCUCAUCGACACUGCCGAACUUGCCACCGCCGACCCGGCAAAUAGUGAUAGCUGCAAAUGCUGUGAUGCCAAGGAGUCUUCCCACACCAAGAAAUACAAAAAAAUCUCCCCCCACAAGGCAUUGAGAACUCUGCAUUUCACCGGCAACCCCGUGGAGAAGUGGCCCGAAAUAUGUCGCCUGGGUCGGAUAUUUCCCUGCAUGGAAAACUUGGUGCUGGCCGAUUGUCCCAUAAGGGCCAUCGAAUUCCCCGAAAAGUUGGACGACAAUUCCACAAUCGCUGAUGCCGCCGAAGACACUGAUUUGCCCCAGAAGCACUUUCCCAACCUGCUGUUCCUCAAUCUCAGCUAUGCCUCGAUCAACACAUGGGAUGACAUAGACCGAUUGGCCACAUUUCCCAAGCUGAAGAAUCUUCGAGUAAAGAACUGGCCCCUCUGGGACCGUCUGGAAUGUACCGAGCAUGAGAGACGCCAGCUACUCAUAGCCCGUCUGCCGAAUGUUGCCAUCUUAAAUGGAGGCGGUGUCAUAACGCCCGACGAACGCGAGGAUGCCGAAAGAGCCUUCAUCCGUCACUACAUGGACAAACCCGAAAGUGAACGGCCCAAGCGUUAUCUCGAUCUGAUUGCCAAGCACGGCAAACUGGAUCCCCUGGUCAAUGUCAGUCUAAAGCCCGACAAGCGUGUCAAAAUAAUCCUAACCUACGGCGACAAAUCCGAGUCGCGCCAUGUCGACCUCUACCGCACAGUGUCCGAUCUCAAGGUGAAGCUGGAGAAAAUAAUCCCCUUGGCUGCCAAUAAAAUGCGCCUGUAUUACGUGGACCAGGACUACAGAGAAUUUGGACCGGAGGAGAUGCGAUAUCCCAACAAGCUGUUGUACAGCUACAACAUUCAGGCGGGUGACGAGAUCAUCGUCGAUGAGAAGAAAUGAGAAGCCCUCCGUCAUUGAGAGAGAACGCCUCAAGACCCUAGCUGAGGUAGCCUUGUGUGCAUCGCAAUGACCUCUUCUUCCCCCAUUGCUGGUGAUCGAGUCUGCCGGGCCCACAACCAUAAUCCCUACAUUUAUAUUCUAAUGUAUUAUUGAUAUCCCCCUUACCCUUGGUACUCGCUCACAACACACACACACAAAACAAACACAAAUAAAAGUUUUAUUCACUUGUGUAAAUAGCAAAGCGUAUUCAACGAACCAAUUCAACUAUCUAAACCUUAACAACAACAAAAAAAGCAUAUACAGCAACAGUAAUAAUAAGAAUAUUAACAUAACAAUAAUUAAAAUAAUAAUAACAAACACAAUAACAAUUAAUUGAUGAUGUGUAAAUAAAAGCAAAACAUAUGAAUUGAA